AUGCAACAAAGAGGGAAUACAAAAACAAGGGAGAAUAUAGCAGGAAUAGAAAAUACAAAAACAAGGGAGAAUACAGCAACUAGGGAGAAUAUAGAAAAGGGAGAAUUCAGCAACAAGGGAGUAUGCAACAAAAAGGGAGAAUGCAACAUAACGGAGAAUGCAGAAACGAGGGUGUAUACAGCAACAAGGAAGAAUGUAGCAAAAAGCGAAAAUACAAGGGGGAAUACAGCAAAAGGUAGAAUGCAGCAAAAAUGGGAGACUAAGCAAAAUCAGAGAGUACAGAAGGAGAGAAUAGGAAAAAAGGGAGAAUAUAGUAAUAUGGGAGACAACAAGGGAGAAUACAUCAAAAAGGGAGAAUACAGCCACAAGGGAAAAUACAGCAACAAGAGAGAAUUCAGCAACAAAGGAGAUAACAGCAAAAGGGAAAAUACAGCAAUAAGGGAGAAUACAGAAACAAGGGAGAAUACAAAAAGCGCGAAUACAGCAACAAGGGAGAAUGCAGUAACUAGGGAAAAUACAGCAAAAAGGGAGAAUACAGCCACAAGGGAGAAUGCAGCAACAAGAAUACAGGGGAAGUGUAACAAAAAGGGAAAAUGCAACAAAAUGGAGAAUCAACAAAAGGGAGAAUGCAACAAGGGCGAAUGCAUCAACAAGGGAGAAUGCAGAAAAGAGAGAGAAUACAGCAACAAGGGAGAAUCAAAAGGGAGAAUACAGUCACAAGGGAGAAUGCAGCAACAAGGCACAAUGCAGCAACAAUGGAGAAUGCAACAAGAAUAUAGGAAAAAGGGAGAAUGUAGCAACAAGGGAGAAUACAGCAAGAAGGGAGAAUGCGGAAACAAGGAUGAAUAUAGGAAAAAGGGAAAAUCCAUAAAAAAUUGA